CUAUUCUCCCGAGGUCAUAUCCACUCCUCCAGCAUGAGUGUGCUCCUGCUCCUGUCCAGGGCUGGUCCUGCUGCCCUGCUCCUGGUUCUCUACCUGCAGAUGGGGGCCAGCAACACGACAGAAGGGAGCGGUUGGAAUGUGAUAACGCUGGACCUGCAGGUACAGCAGACUGCAGAACCAAACGAGGAGGUCCCUGUGACACUCAAACUUACAAGUGAAGUGAAAGAAUGCCUGGUGGUGAAAACUUACCUCAAAAGCAGCGGGCAACUAGAAGGUGCUUCUCACGAUUAUAAAUUCACUGCCUGCCUAUGUGAAGAUUAUCCGAGAACCUUCUUCUGGGACAUUCAGAGCAACUACACUGUGGAAAUCACAGCAGUAGUUGACGUUAUUCGGCAGCUGAAUAUCUGCCCCGAAGACAGAGCAGUAAUACCCAUCAAAGCAAACCGUUUCUACACCUUUCGUACCCUACAGAUCAUAUAGUAAGGGAAGGCCUUGGCCCUCUGCCCUUCGCCUACAUGGUGUCCCUAGGCAGAGCAGCCCUUGCUUGUGGCACCUGUGGGGGUCUGUGAAAUAAACUUCUUCAAGCGUCUCUGUGUUCUGCCUGUGUC